AGCAGCUAAACAAGUGGAAACAACAAAAAGUUAUGGUGCUCAAAUAAAAAGUCUUGUUGGGUCAUUUUGGUUUGGAAAUAAACAGCUUGUUUAA